AUGCCAUCUGCCAAGGUCGUCGAGGUCGCCCGCGUUGUCGUGCCAGCCACCGCCGCGCUGCCGCCUGGCGAGUCGUCGUCGCUCCUCAGGCUUUCCGCUCUGGACGCGCCGUGGCUCCUCGUCCCGCUCAUCCAGCGCGUGCUCAUCUAUGACGGCCAGCUCCCUCCCUUCGCGUCGCUCGUCGGCUCCCUCCGCGCGUCCCUCGCGGCCACGCUCGCGCGGUUCCCCCCGCUCGCCGGGAGGAUCGUCUUCCUGCCGUCCACCGGCGACGCCGCCAUCGACUGCUCCGGCUCCGGCUCGGAGCUGGACGGCGGCGUACGGUUCCUGGUCGCGGAGAUGGACGAAGCGGACGCGGGGAAACUCGCAGGCGACGCGGACCACGACGUGGACACGUUCCAGCAGCUCCUCCCGGAGCUCACGACGAGCCCGCUCCCCGUGGAGGUGCUGGCCGUGCAGGUCACGCGGCUGCGGGGAGGCGUAGCGGUCGGCGUGGCGCUGCACCACGCCGUGGUCGACGGGCGGGCGUUGUGGAUGUUCCUUGAGGCGUGGGCGGCAGCCUGCCGCGGGGACGCUGCGUCCGUGGAGCCGUCGUUCGACCGCGCGGCCAUCGCGCUGCCCGACGGCGAGGAGCUUACGAGGAGCACGCUGCGGAAGUACAUGCCCAAUCUGCCACAGGUAUCGCCGUUCCCCUCCGGCCCCAUCAUCCCCCGCCGUACUUUCACCAUCGCCGAGGAACGCAUCGGCCGCCUGAAGCAGCGCAUCGGCCAAUUCAUUCGCCCAACACACGAGUCAUCGGCGAAGGCCUCGCGGCCGCCGUCCAGCUUCGUGGCCGUGACGGCGCUAGCCUGGGUGUCGUACGUCCAGUCCAAGCAGCACGCCGCCGCCAUCUCCGCCGACCAGGACGUGUACCUCUACUUCUUCUUCGACAUCCGCGGCCGCCGCAGCAUCGUCCCGCCGGUGAGCGAGAGCUACUUCGGGACGUGCGUUACCGGGUGCCUCGUCAAGGCCAAGGCGGGGGACCUCCUCGCCGAGGACGGGAUCGCCACCGCGGCGGCGGCGUUGCAGGGUGAGGUCCGGCGGGCGGUGGAGGACCCGCUGGCCAACUGGGACUGGAUCGCCCUGGCGGCUUCGACAUUGUCUCGGGACACCGCGCUGGUGAGCAUCAGCGGUUCCACGCGGUUCCCGGCCUACGAGGUGGCCGACUUCGGAUGGGGGCCGCUGGGCAGGACGGAGCUGGUCACCAUGAACAGCGCCGGCCAGGUGGUGCUCGUCGCUGCCAAGGGCGGCGGUGGCGGCGUACAGGCGUCCGUCUGCAUGCACCCGGAUCACAUGGAGGCAUUCGACAAGCACUUCACGUACUCCUUCGAUUAACUAAUUUAUGUGUACGACAAGACUGUACGCAGAUGAUCAAAUCAACCGCUCUGCUCCCCGGCGGCACGAGUUGGAAGUACAAUGCUCGGAUACGUGUUUCGCUAAAUAAUACUGUUGGAAUUGAGAAACUAAUCGU